GUGUCGCUACAGGGCAGUGAAUGCCUGCGCUUAUUUCUCGCGUACCAGCGCUAACUGAGGCACACACACACACACACACACACACACACACACACACACACACACACACACACACACACACACACACACACACACACAGGAUCUCUACAAGCAGCAUGCAUUAACUCCAUGUACCAUGUAAUUCUGGAUUAGUGACCCACAGUGUACAGAGCUGAAGGUACAGCGCAGCAGUUUGGUGGCUCACAGCUUUAGUGAAUGUUUCCUGGCUUGAAUGCUACUCGAUUGCUGCUGGAGUAUGUCCAUUGCAGGCUUGACUGCCCAGGACAUUUGUUUACCCCCACAAAGCCUCUUCCUGCAUAGCAGUCAAUGCCAUAGCAUGUCCAGAGCCAAGCCCUCCUGGAAAUACGACCAUGAACUUGACAACUUCUACUUCAGUGUCGAUGCCCCUGUAAAUUGCAAUGUCCAAUCCAGGCAGCAGGUGCCUUCGUUCUUAGCAGGAGACAAACACAGAGUCCCUUCUUAUUCCCUGCACAGUCCCGGAGCCCAAGCGUUGCCUCCCAAAAAGUCCAUACCCACACAGAUCUGCAUCUCCUCCACGUUUGUCCCACACACCCCAAGUCCCAUUGAAGAUGACCAGGUGGUCCCAGGCUUGCAACGACUCACCGUAUCCGACCACAUCUCCCCUCCUCAGACACCUAGUCGGGCAGCGAAGCCUCUUCCCCCAAUCCCUUGCUCUGUGGACUUACUUCCUGACCAGACUGUGGACAGUGAGUUUGAGUUCUUUAACGGAGAUGACAGUCGUUGUUUGGUAUCUGAUUCUUGCUCAAAGCCGUCCCAUUUCCGCUAUGGCAUGCCUAGUCGACGGAGUUUAAGGGAAUACGGACAAGUCAAUUAUGCCUAUUUUGAAGGGCCACUGCCCCCUCAAAGGAAGCAACAUCAGCAGUCAAAGAAAAAACAAGAACAUGAGUCCCAGGAAAGCCUUCUUCCACAGCGAAGGGAACUGGAACAACAUGAACACCAACAGCAUCAGCACAAAGCGACGUGUCUACGACAGCAGGAGCGUGCCCAACGCAAACUCCGACGCUCCCAUUCAGGCCCUGCAGGCUCCUACAACAAACCAGCUGCCCUUCGCCUGUCCUGUCAUCACCGGAACGCGCAAGACCCGGACAAGCCCGAAGUUCCUCCUCGGGUCCCCAUUCCCCCACGGCCUGUCAAGACUGGCGACUACCGCCGCUGGUCAGCAGAGGUCACCGCUGGGACAUGUAGCGAUGAUGACCGACCUCCCAAAGUUCCCCCUAGAGAACCUCUGUCCAGCAGUAUUCCCCGUGCGCCGAGCCCCAAAAGCCUUCCCACUUACCUCAACGGCAAAAUGCCUCCCACCCAGAGCUUUGCCCCAGACCCCAAAUAUGUGAGUCGGGGUUUGCAGAGACAGAACAGCGAGGGUUCCCCCUGCAUUUUACCGAUCAUGGAAAACGGCAGGAAGGCUAGCACGACGCACUACUUCCUGCUCCCGCAGCGACCCACGUAUCUAGACAAGCAUGAGAAGUACUUUGUGGACAGUGCUGCGAGUCGAAGGACAGAGGCCUCGGGCAGCAGUCUGGACUGGUCAUGUGACCGCAAGAAGAAAUCACACUCAGAUCUCGUAUAAGGCGAAGUUAAUAGGACAUGGACAAUACUUCAUUGUGUGAGGACCAAACAGACUCUUCUGCUGUUUCUAAGCAGUCGUUAUAGUUGUUAAAGAUUUACCCUAGUUUUUGAGAAAAAAAAAAUUAGGGUAAGUUCCAUACAACAUGCAGUUACUGAUGGUUUUAUUUUUGUUAUUGUUGUUAUUAUUGCUGUUCACAAAAUGGAGACAGAACGGUGGUAAACAGUGGGAAAGUGCCGCGGCAAAGGCACUGGUCACACGAUAACAUCCCCAAAUAAUUAUCUUUUAUACAUUUUAUUAGCUCAUUGUUCAUUAUGUGAAACCCAAGUGUUUAAAAUGCAGAUUAUGCUGCAGUAGAUGGGUAUGAGCUGGUCUGGUACCUCAUUUUAUUCAGUGUUUUUUUUUAUUUUAUUUUACAGACUAUGUUGCUAGUAGUCAGGUAUUGCUUUGAAGAUUGCUGCUUCUGUGGCCGGCGGCGAGCCGCGGAGCGUCGCAGGUGAAACUGUGGAGGGACGCCGAGUCAGUAGACCAUCUGUUCAGUUUGUGUCGAACAUUAAAUAUGAAGUAUGCCUAGGCCGAAGUAUUUUGUGGCCGGAGGAUUGAAGGAUAUCGAUAUGACACCUGACUGUUUCAUUGUUCUUUCAUGAAGUUGGAAAUGUAUGCUGUUUAGCCCCUGGAUCACUAGUGCUCUUAUCUGUGGUAUGGAAACUGUGGAGUUUGUGUGUGUGUGUGUGUGUGUGCGUGUGCGUGUGUGUGUGUGUGUGUGUGUGUGUGUUUGUGUGUGUGUGAAUGGAUAUGGAUGACCCAUCUUUGUCAGAUUUGAUUGUAAAAACUGCAGUGUGCAUGUUACAUAGGAAUGGCUUAAAUGUAGCAUUUGUGUUCAUCUUUCUGCACAGACAAUUUUGAAAUGCUUCACAUUCAGGAAAUGCACCAACAAUAUCUUUUAUUUUUCUUUGAAAACACAUAACACAAGCUUAGGUUGCUGAUUAACCGCAGUUUUUGCAAGUUUCUUUGAUAGAAUAUGCGAACAAUAUUAGAUCUGAUGGUUCCUUAUAAACCCAGGUUGGCAGUGAGAACAUAGACACCUGGCGUGUAUAUACAGGAGCUCCUCCCGCAUUUUCAUGGCUUUUAAAUCGCAAAACUACCUCUAAUGUGACUUUUGAAAUUUGUGGGUGAGGGACAAAAAUCUUUGAUCUGUUGCUCAGUACAAAGUCAAUUAAAAAGAAACAAAAGAAGCAAAUCUACUCUGCAAUCGUUACCCAAUUAAAAAAAUAAAAAUAUAAUCCCAGGUAUCAAAUUGGGCUCAUAAUUUUCCCAUGAAUUAAUUGAGUUUCUUUCUAAAACUCAGCCCUGCAUAUUUGUUGCGCAAAACCCCCCCAGGUCUUUGCUCUUUUGCCGUCGUCUUUGAAUAGCUGUGAAUAAGCUGUGAGUCAGAGUUGUGAAUAGGCCUGUCCUACCUCCCAUAGUGGGAAUGAAAAAUCAUUCUCUUUAUUAAUAUCCCAUUAUCUCAGAACGAUAACGAAUUGUUCAUGCACCCGGUAGAAAAGUGUUUAUGAUCUGAAGCUGUUUCCUCUUCCAUGCAUUUCCAGGAAUACCAGUAGCUCUCUAUUUUUGAUUAAGCAUUGAGCACUCAAGCUCAAACCUUGUCUCUGAUUAAGAUAAAGGCGUAUUUAAACCCGCAUACACGGCUCUGUCCAUGUCUAGCACAAUUGGCCGACUCAACAAAACAAAACCGACUUUCCUGUUCCGUGUGCAAGCAUACCUAUCAGACAUGAUUGCUGUGGGUGUGGGCCUCAGAGACUUUGGCUGCUGGCAGCAGGUAAAUGAGUUGUUUUAUUGUUAUAUAUUGUUAUAUAAUGGUUAUACACCAUUGUGAUUACUCAGUAAAUGUAGCAGGUGCAUCGUAGUUACCUUGAGAAUAAUGAUUUAAAAAACAGAAAACAAGCUCAGAAGUCAAUCAUCUACACACAAAUCAGGAACGUGCGUAACUGAUGCCACUUUCUUUUAUUUUUUGUAGUGUCCCUUUUUUUAAUUUUUUUUUUUUUUUUUACAAAAUUCAUUUAUCAGAAAAUGUUUACAUUGUACUAUUUAAUCUUUGACCUGUUUCCUAUGUCUUAUCUAAAAGAAAUGAAGGCAAGUUCAAGAAAAAAAAAUGAUUGAUGUUUUCUGCUGUUGUAUGGAAGAAGUAAAAAAAAUGCACUGAGAGAGAGCAGUAUAUUGUGAUGUGUAAAAGUAUUUAACACAGUCCUCUUAGCUACACUGAAUAGUGCUGUGUGUAGUAUAGCUCCUAAAGGAAAAAAGAAAAUAAACACUUAUUUAUGAACCGUG